AUGGAUAACCCAGUUGAAGAGGCGAGGAAAAGUUUCUACAAAUUUCGCAUCCGAGACGUUGUAAGAUCUAUCACUGAGCCAUAUGAGGCAAGUGUGAUCGCAUCAAAUGUUAGGAAGUAUUUUACUACUGAUGCUACCAUCGAACAUCCAGUACUCAAUCAACCCGCUUCUGUCAAUGGUAGAGAUGACUUGGAAGGAAUUUAUAAAAUGCUGCGUGUGAUGACUGUGAACAAUAAAAUUGAUUUCCAUGCUGUGAUGUUCAAUGAAGAUAUGACACAAGGUGCCAUCGAUCUCACCGAAUGGAUCAACUUUAGAUGGAACCCUUUCUUAUCUUCAACAAAACUUCCAGCCCGACUUUUAGUACGCAUAGAUUUAAAGAAAUGCGAAGAUGGGAAAUAUCGGAUUUGGAGACAACAAGACAACUUCCCAAGUGAUUUAACUCAAUCUGGUCAAGCUCUUUUAAUACCAGGUCUUUCUACCCUCAAUACUAUAGUGAAAACUACAGUGGCCAUCAUGACUGCAAAGAUUGGCAGAGUAUUGUUAAGUCGAGGUUGGCUUGGGCCUUGA